UGACCACCUCUUCAUCCUCCUCCUCCUCCCUGAUGCUCAUUAAGACCAACGGACAGGUGUACACCUACCCUGACGGCAAGGCAGGCAUGGAUUUAUCAAGCUGCUUCGCUUAGCAAUCCCAGAAUGGAAACAUUUCUGUCAAGAAAUAAGACGAUGGAGGACACUGCUGCACAAAAAUCUAAGAACUGAAAUUAGAAGGUAUGAGUUGGCAUUUAAUUAUCGGAAAGUGAGUGAAAGUGAUAGAAAACAUUCUGAAAGCUGAUGUUUGUUUGCAUAUUUUGUCUGUGGGAUUCCCCAGCCAGAAGCUAAUGCUGAUUGGAGGCCAUGAUGCAGAAAGUUUGGGCACCAAUGAGGUAGCGGACCUCAGCAGGUGGUAGUUUUUCUUCGUAGUAGUUUUUCUCUCCGUCGUUGUUCUUUAGCCACCUGUGAGAUGUGCGGGAUGAUCGGGGUCCGGGACGCUUUCUACAGUAAAACCAAGCGUUUCUGCAGCGUCUCCUGCUCCAGGAGCUUCUCCUCCAACUCCAAGAAGGCCAGCAUCCUGGCCAGGCUGCAGGGGAAGCCGCCCACCAAGAAGGCCAAAGUUCUGCAGAAACAGCCUCUGAUGACCAAACUGGCUGCGUACGCCCAGCACCAGUCCAGCCAGCAGGGCGGCGCCAGAAAGAGCGUCUCUGUGGACGUGUUUGACUGGGGGCGUUACCUUGGAGACGGAGAAGUGACGGGAGCGCCGGUCAGCUCCUUCAAACACGUUCUGAUGGGGAAGUCGUGGGGCAGCGUCGGUGAAGGAGUCCGGGUCGAGGUCCCGAACACCGACAGCGGUCUGCCCAUGAAGGUUUACUGGAUCGCCAGCAUCAUCAAGCUAGCCGGAUUUAAGGCCCUGCUGCGCUAUGAGGGCUUCGACAGCGACUCCACCAGGGACUUCUGGCUGAAUCUGUGCGUGCCGGACAUCCACCCGGUGGGCUGGUGCGCGGCCGGAGGGAAACCUCUGGUUCCUCCUCAGACCAUCCUGCACAGGUUCACCAACUGGAAGACCUUCCUCAUUAAGAGACUGACCGGGUCCAAAACUCUGCCGCCGGACUUCUCAUCGAAGGUGCAGGAGAGCAUGCAGUUCCCCUUCAAGAAGCAGAUGAGGGUGGAGGUGGUGGAUAAGACCCACCUGUGUCGGACUCGGGUGGCUCUGGUGGAGCAGGUGAUCGGCGGGCGGCUGCGCCUCAUCUACGAGGAAUGCGACGACGGGACGGACGACUUCUGGUGUCACAUGUACAGCCCGCUGAUCCACAGCAUCGGCUGGUCCCGCUCCAUCGGACACCGCUUCAAACGAUCAGACGGGACGAGGAAGCUGGACGGACAGAUGGACGCUCCUGGACAGCUGUUUGCCAAGGUGAAGGAGGUGGAUCAGACCGGACUCUGGUUCCAGGACGGGAUGAAGCUGGAGGCCAUCGACCCGCUGAACCUGUCUGCCAUCUGCGUGGCCACAGUGAGGAAGGUUCUGGCAGACGGAUACCUGAUGAUCGGCAUCGACGGCUCGGAAGCAGCCGAUGGUUCCGACUGGUUCUGUUAUCACUCCACGUCUCCGUCCAUCUUCCCCGCUGGAUUCUGUGAGAUCAAUAACAUCGAGCUGACGCCCCCCAGAGGCUACGCCGGUCUUCCCUUCAGGUGGUUCGAGUAUCUGAAGGAGAGCAAGUCAGUGGCCGCUCCGGUCAACCUCUUCAACAAGGAAGUCCCGAACCACGGUUUCCGUCCUGGGAUGAAGCUGGAGGCCGUGGACCUCAUGGAGCCGCGGCUUGUUUGCGUCGCCACGGUGACCAGGAUCGUCCACCGGCUGCUGCGGAUCCACUUCGACGGCUGGGAAGACGAGUACGACCAGUGGGUGGACUGCGAGUCCCCGGACCUGUACCCGGUGGGCUGGUGCCAGCUGACCGGGUACCAGCUACAGCCGCCAGCCGUUACCGCGGGGUCCAGAGAUCUGCAGUCUGCCGGAUCCAAACAGAGGAGGAAGUCCCAGCAGUACCGAGGACAGAAGAAAAAGAGGAAGUUACCCGUUGCUAAGCGCCCCGUCAGCCUCUCCGGCUCCAUGGUAACGGGAGUUCCCAGGAACCUAUCGGGAGACGAGAACGAGACGCCGCCUGACUACCCGUCGCCGCCCCCUCCGGCCUCGGCCGCCCAGCCGCCGUCCGCCGACCCCGACGCGGAGGGCGGGGCAGGUCUGCAGAUGGAGAUCCACAACAACACAGGAGGAACGAAUUCCUCAUUCCAGCGAGCGGCGUCGGAAACCAACGGGUCAUCCCGAGAUUUCCUGGCCAGCAAAGAUCAGUAAACUUUGCAUCUUUACCAUCGAACCAUUUACUGUGAUGAACUAUUAACUGCCGCCUGCUUCACCUCAUUGGUUUCCUUCCACAAACCCUCCGACUUUUUAUUCUUCUGAACCAAAACGUCCUGAGAAAGAAGAAAAUUUAAGCUGAUUGACAUGAUGCAUUCGGGUGCUGUCAGGACAAUGCGUGAAUCUCGUGAAGUGUUAUUUAAAACUUUUUUUUGCCUUUGAUAUUUCCAACAGGAGAGAAAAUUUGAAGGGUAUCCUGGAAAUUACAUCUUUCUUUCCAUAACUUUAAAUUUUGAUAACUGGAUUUACUUUUUGUAGCUGAUAUUUCACAUGAACUACACUUUAAUAUGAGGCGACUUUUUAACCUGGUAGGAAGAGGACAGCUCAAUUAUAACAGGUACUCUGACUGAAAGAGACUUUAUAAUACUAAUGAGUUUUCAGUAGCCAUUAGCUCAUUUUGUAUUUGUCACCUCUAAGCUGUGAGGAGAUAUGAUGUAAGUUUUAGAAAAUAACCCCCUUAGUAACAGAAAGAUAACCUCCAUAUUUCAGAAAAGUACCCCAAAAAGGGGACGUUGCAUCUGCCUUACAGGAAGGUCACUUCAAAGUUACAGGAAGGUAACCACUAAGGCUCAGAAGGUAACAUUUAAGUUACAGAAAAGUAGCCUUGAAGUUACAAAGUAACUUUUAAAUUAGAAGUAGGUAACCUCAAAGUUACAGGAAGGUAACCUCUAAGGUUCAAGAAGCUAACUUUUAAGUUAUCAGAGAGGAACUUCUUAGUUACGUUAAUGUAACCUGUAAGGUACUGAACAAUAGCAUCAAAGGUUCAAAAAGUAACACUGAAGUUACAUAAAAGUAACUUUUAAAUUAGAGGAAGGUGACGUUUAAGGUUCAGAAGGUAACUUCUAAGUUACAGAAGAGUAGCAUUGACGUUACAAGACGGUAACCGUUAAGGUUCAGGAAAGUAGGAUUUAUGUUACAAAGUAACUUUUAAAUUAGAAGUAGGUAACCUCAAAGUUACAGGAAGGUAACCUCUAAGGUUCAAGAAGCUAACUUUUAAGUUAUCAGAGGGGAACUUCUUAGUUACAUUAAUGUAACCUGUAAGGUACUGAACGAUAGCCUCAAAGGUUCAAAAAGUAACACUGAAGUUACAGAAAAGUAACUUUUAAAUUAGAAGAAGGUAACGUCUAAGUUACAGGAAGAUUAAAUUCAAGUUAUGGGACGGUAACCUCUAUGUUGCAGAAAAGUAGCCUCUUAAAUUUGAAAAAAAAAGUAUCAUAUGAAAAGCAGAUAUAUUAACUACGGUUAGAAAAUAUUUAAUAAGUUUUAUGAGAUUCUUUUCUCUUUAAAUUUCUAAAACAAAAGUGAAAAUUAAAUAUGCAAAAAAUAGAAGAAAAUGUUGACAUAAAGCAAAUUUAUCUUUAAAGUUGGAACCUUAAAAAUAUCAACAAUCUCCUGAAAUUCUUCGGAUACCUCAGAAACCAGAAUUUAAAUAAGCUGCAGAACAAAAUGGUUUAAUUUGAUUAAACAGUUUUUAACAAAAAUAUAUUUGAUUUAAGAAGAAAUACUUUAUUCUAACAGUUUAACAAAUUAACAUUUUAUUACCUGUUCGGUCCGUGUGGCGUCCAUGAUAUAAAACAUUAUAAAUGUAAAGUUUGAUGUGUUUUUGAUGGUCAGUGAAGGAAGUUUCUGUUUUCAUUCAUGCAGAAGAUGAACUCAAAGUUCAAAAGUUGAAUUCUGCGUCUGUAACGUUAAACGUCGCAUUUUCUAGAAGAAAAUAAAUCUAUUGCAUUUCAUGAAGCUCUGAAGGUUUUAUAGAUUGAAUUAAACUGAUUUUAUGAGA